CCGCCACCCUCUCUUCUCUCAUCCCUCUCAUCUCUCGCUCCCCUCUCUUUUUUUCUCUCCGAUCGCUGCCGUCGCUCAUUGGCCGUGGCCAUCGCGACACCAUCGUCCAGCACCUCCAUCGUCGGCGUGUUCACAUCAUCGUUCGCGGUCCCAUGCCUCGGUUGUUCACGCGUUCCGUUGCUGCCCAGCGUCCCCGCGAAGCCCGCCAGCGCCCAGCAGACGCCCGCAGGCCUUCCCCCGCGUGCCCGCGACCAUCCUCAGCCCCGUUCAAACCUCCUUCCGUGCAAUUUCCCCGAGAACGGUGUCUGACGAGCCGUGCUCGCUGCCUACAUCCAUUUGUGUGCCAUUUUCUCCUAAUCAGUCAGAAUGUUAUCAUGUAUUCAGUAAUGUUAAACUUUCUCAUUGUUCAGAUGCCGCCACGUAGGGAACCCGAUCAUCAGGCUCCUACUCAGGCUACGGUAGUCGCCCAGUUUCGCGACUAUCACGCUGAAAAGUUCUCAGGACAAGGAGAUCCCCGCAUCGUUGAUGAAUGGAUUCAGGGCUUAGAGUUUAUCUUUGAGGUCAUGGACUGCCUUGAUAGAUAUCGCGUAGUUUGCGCUCAGCUUCAGCUCACUGGUGAUGCAAGGCUCUGGUGGAAUGCCUACUGGAGCAUGCGUCCCGGUGAAAAAGCGGGUUGUACUUGGAACAUGUUCAAGGAUCUAGUCCACGAAAAGUACUACCCUUCCUACUAUCGGGCAGAGAUGGAGCGUCAGUUCUUAGCGCUUCAGCAGGGCACUAGUACAGUUGAUGAGUACGAGCGAGAGUUCACUAGACUUGCAGCUUUC